AUGGCAUCUGAAUUUAUUGGCUACAAUGUUCUUGUGACUCUGAAGGCGCCGCCAAAUGCAACCGUGCAAGGAGAAGUGUCCGAUGUCAUAGGCCAGCGCUUAAUACUGCGAAAUGUGCGGCUCUCAUGGAACCCCCAACAGCUGUUACCGGACUACUUCAUCGAUGCUACCGACAUAGCGGACCUGUCCCUUGGAUCCUCCGCCAAGGAUCCCCCGCAGGGUUUACCUGCAGCUAAAGAAAACAGAACCACGACUCAGGCCACCUCUUCGGCACAGCGAUCUUUUGUUGAUCCUGCCAUUCUAAGCUUCUCCAAACCGCCCUCCAAAAAAACUAGCCAAGGUAUAGAAUCGAGUGCGCGACAGCUACAAUCUACCCUGCCUGGUGGACAGAACCCUCAGCGGCCCAGCUCAUCACAGAAAAUCCAUCAUGAGCCAACCGCGGUACUGACUGAACCAUUCAGUAGCCUGGAGCUGAAUGUAGACAGCAACUCAGGGGCGCGAAGCACACAGCAGGUGGAAGAACUCCUUGAAUCGGUUUACGGUCCAAGAGACGAACUUGCGCCUUUACAGGCACCCGCCCAGUAUGCCUCCAAGCGAGGCCGCCGAAAUGGGCAGAAAAAGCUUCUGCGAAAUGGGGCCCCGGCAACUUGGAACGAACAUGAUGGGGCUUCAAACACGAAUCCGAAGACUAGAGGCUGGCGCCAAACUGCCUUCGUUGAGCCAUCCGAUCCGCACCUGGCGAACUUUCCAAAAUCACUCGGAGAAAAAGGAGAGGCUGUUAAAGGGCGACGUCGAAGGAAGAAGAACCGCGGGUCUUACGCUGAAGACCCCAACGGAUGGGCGACAGAAGACGCCACAGAUAUCCAGGAGAUGGGGGAAUUUGAUUUCCAAAGCAACCUCUCAAAGUUUGAUAAGCGCAGGGUUUUCGAAGAGAUUAGAAACGAUGACACAACUGCCGACGAAGCACGACUUGUCAGCUUUAACAGAAGGACGCCCAAGCCAGGCACGAACGGCGGGAAAAACCUGCACUGGACAGAGAAUGUCCUCGACAGUCCUCAGGAGAGUGAAAAUGAAGAAAGUGAUCAUGGACCCAGCGAUGCGAAGCUGAGCAGCGGGAACUAUUCAGGGCGUGAGCGUGCCUCAGUUCGAGGCCAGACUUCUCGGAAAGGAAGUGCUAUGCUCGGACAGCCCUUGGUCCCACCACAGAUUAAUACCAUCGGACGUGGUCAACAUAGCACUCCUCGCACCACCAGCCCUCGCCCAAAUAAAACCCCUGUUUCAGUAUCUCCGAUAAACGGACCGGGUGUGCCGGGAGCUUCCUUACGUCUCACUACCACCAACAGAAGUUGCCCGACUGUAAGCCCUCUACAGACACUUGAGGUUGAGCAGAUUGCCGUCACAGAGUUUGGCCUAACUGAGGAUAUGAUUACGGAAAAUGCCGGAAGAGGGAUUGCAGAAGCCGCGGUUUGUCUUCUUUCGAAUGACGCAGCUGCGCCGACUAUGCUAGUUCUGACAGGCAACCAUCGUACUGGAGCAAGGGCUGUCUCUGCUGCCCGUCAUCUUCGCAACCGGGGCCAUCGUGUCACCGUUUGCAUGCUGGGUAUUGAGCAUGAGACUGAGCUGCUCGAAAGCUGUCGCAAACAGCUUAACGUAUUCAAGAAGAUUGGUGGGCGCGUAUUAAGAUGGGAAGACUUAUCUGCCCGGCUAUCAACCUCUGACUUCAGCCCAGACUUGGUUGUGGAUGCCAUAUUUGGUAUUCACAUAGCCUUCGACGACCUCCGCACAGAUGAUCAGGCUACCGCCUUUGAGAUGAUUGCCUGGACCAACCGGAGUAAUCUGGAUGUUCUGUCCGUCGACGUCCCAUCCGGACUGUCUGCUUCCAGUGGUGAGGUGACCAUCGUCGAGGACGGCCGAUUGUGCAUCACCCAUUCCGAAUGGGCAUCGGAAGACGCUUUCUCUGCCAGUGCCGGCGCAGGGGCCGGGAAAGCCAGACGAGGAGGAACUGAUGCGACUUUCAAGCGCCUUCCUUUCAACUUCUGCUCCCUAUCCCUGCAGCCGUUUGUGCAUCCCGUUUGCACCCCGUCGGGCACAAUAUUCGACCUCACCAAUAUUCUACCGUGGAUUAAGCAACACGGAACGAAUCCAGUGGACGGCACCCCGCUGAAGAGUGCCGACCUGACCAAGUUGCAUAUCCCCAAAAAUGAGUCGGGCGAAUAUAUCGACCCAGUCACCUUCAAAGUCCUGACCAACAACACCCAUAUUGUCGCUUUGCGCAACACGGGAAAUGUGUUCGCAUGGGAUACUGUGGAGCGAUUGAAUCUCAAGGGCAAGCUGUGGCGCGAUUUAGUAUCGGACGAGGAGUUCAGUAGGAAGGACAUCAUCACGCUACAGGACCCACAGAACGUUGAGUCGAGAAAUAUGACCACGUUUAACUAUUUGAAGGAAGGGGGUGCUGAAAUACCUGGGAAAGAAGAUCAGUCAAAUAACGUCAAUGUUAAUGCGUUGGGAAGCUCGGCCAAGAUUCUCAAGGCAAAAGAAGCUGUGGCUAAGGCGCGUUCCGAGAGAGCUCAACGUGCCGAUUCUGCUGCUUUAUCUAAACCAAAAGCCGAUGGCACCGUUGGGACGACUUCUCUCUCCCAGAAAUCGACUUUGCAGCAAUCAGGGAAACCGGUGCCAUAUAACGCGGCGAAACAUACUACUGGCCUAGCCGCUGCGUCGCUUACCAGCACUGGGCUCACACCGCAUACGUCCGGCGAGCUCGCACUGCUGUCGGAUGAAGAAUAUAUGCUAAAGAGGGGACGGGUAAAGCAGAAGGGCUAUGCUCGAAUCUCAACGACCUCUGGUGAUCUGAACCUGGAGCUCCAUACUGAAUAUGCGCCCAAGGCCGUUUGGAAUUUCAUUAAGUUGGCCAAGAAAGGAUACUACAAGGAUGUUACUUUUCAUCGCAACAUUCGAGGGUUUAUGAUCCAAGGCGGGGACCCGUCGGGCACUGGACGCGGAGGUGAAAGCAUCUGGGGCAAAUACUUCAACGAUGAGUUCGAAGGGCCUCUCAAACAUGAUUCUCGCGGAACCCUGAGUAUGGCCAAUAAAGGGAAAAACACUAACAGCAGUCAAUUUUUCAUUGCCUACCGUGCACUGCCUCAUUUGAACCACAAACAUACCAUUUUUGGACACAUUAUCGACGACCCGACACCAUCGUUUACGACCCUGAAUAGCUUAGAGACCCACCCGGUAAAUUCAUCCACCAAUAAACCUACGCCAGACAUUCGAAUCAAAGACGUUACGGUCUUUGUGGAUCCGUUUGAGGAGUUUUUGAAGCAGAAGCAGGCCGAAGAGGUCGCAGGCAAGGCACAGCCCGACCCCGCAGAGGACGAACAGAAUGCCCGACGCGAGGAUGAUGACCACAUCACUUGGACCGGGAAGAGAAUUCGCGGGUCCGGAUCGACAGUUAUGGGUGAUGGAUCUGGCGCAAGCGUUGGCAAGUACCUGAAGGCAGCCUUGAGCAACCAGGCUGGUCAAGAGGAGGAAGAAAUUGUUGAAUUUGUGGAUGAAGUGCCCGAGCCUGAGCGCAUGCGUAAGAAAUUUAAAGGAACGGGAGGGUUUGGUGACUUCAGUUCCUGGGACUGA